AUGCCGCCAAAACAAGCAAAGCCCGAUUCGCGGGCCUCGACUCUUCUCUUCAAGAAGCAUAAGACCACCGUCCUCCUCUCACUCCAACCGCACGAACCCCUCACGGCCGUCAAAGAAAAGCUCCUUGAAGCUCUCAAGUCGCGUAAUAUGCUCGAAAUUAACGGGGACCCCCUUCCUUCCGACUCUACGCUCAUCGAGUUUGGCGUCCCCGUAGACAGAAGCGAUCGAGAGAAAGGAUGGAGACUCCUACAGGGAGAUGGGGAAGUUACGACGAACACCGCAGCAAAGAAAGCUUCGUCAGGUACUCUGCUAGCUGCAGGACUCGACAACGGUCAUUCAGUUGCCUUUCGUUUCCGCAAGCCGGGCGACGCGCCAGAAGGUGAUGAACCGGACCCAGAUAUUGAGCGGGACGAUCCAGGUUGGGACGUGAUGAUUCCAAGCUUUGACGAUGACGAGGAAUAG